CAGGGUGCGGCAGAAAAGACAGCGUAGUAACCCAUAGUACAGUGUAUAUCGGCUCGAUGAUUACAGAUGUAAGAUGGGAUUCAUACAAUACGUAACCCAGAUGUUCCUCCUGGUGAUAAUCUUCAGUCUUCUCGGCCACUCUUCUGGUAAACUGGAAAUACUCAAAAAUGAUUCCCCUAUAAAGGCACUGGUGGGUGAUGACAUAACCGUCCCUUGUCACUUGACUGGCUACAAGAAUUCAUCUUUGACUACUUCUACUGUUGCGGUUCGCUGGACUAUAGGAACAGUAAAUAAACCUGUCCAUUUCUUUGAUGGUGAAAAUUAUACCCCAUACAGAUCUGGGUCAUAUAUAUCAGAAAGAAAUCUUGUACGGGGAGAUGCCAGUCUGUAUAUACCCAACCUUCAGUUCAGUGAUGAAGGAGAAUACACCUGUUAUGUAAUCGUCACUCCUCACGAUGCCACUAGUAAAGUCACUGUGCAGGUGUCAGCUAUGCCAUCUUGUAGGCUCAGUGACUCCACACUAGUAAUGGAUCCUGACACGGAGAGAUCUGUCACUUGUUAUGUGAGCGGCUUCUAUCCAGAAAGUGUGGAAAUACAAUGGCUGAUGUACAGUAAAGCUUCCUCCAAACAAUCUGAACGGAAUAGCCAGACCUACACCAGUGUGCCCGUCCAGAACCACGAUGGGACCUACAAUGUGACCAGUGUCCUGUCUAUGAGACCUGUGAGCACAGAUGAGGACGGAGACGUGUAUUCCUGUGUAGUCUCCCACAGGUCGCUGAAAGAUCGUCUGACAUCUAAUGUUACUCUCUCAGUGAACUCUAUUAGAAGUCAACAUAUAUUUAAAGUUGUGGCUUUGAGUAUACAACUGGUACUGGCAGGAGUAAUAUUAUACUAUUUUAUAAAAGUGAAACCAAAUGUCCUGGAGAUUUAUACAACAGACCUGAUACAUAAGAAGAAGUGCUCUCUGAGAUGUUAUAUAUCAGGCUUCAGACCAGGCAAUCUUACUAUUAACUUAUACACAGAGAAAGACAAAGGAAACCAGAUUAAAGUAGAUUCCUGGAGCUCCAUAAAACCCAGAAAGAGGUCACCAGAGAACGAUACUGAGCAGGGUACACUUUUACAGACCAAAGAUGAACCCAGAUACCUGGCCCUGGCACCUCUUAUAAAACGAUGUAAACGCUCCCUUUUCAACUGUGACUGUUUCAUAGAUAUAACUCCCAUGUUCCACAUACAUGAUGGGGCACGGCUCACUCUGGAGGUUCACCAUGCUGCACUGACAACACCCAUUUACAGACAUCUACAUCUAAAGGUGAAAGGUAUACCCGAAAUGGAUAAAAUUGAGGCCAACCAAGAAUUCUACAAAUCUGGGGACCUGUUGCAGCUAAAAUCUAAAAUUCACUCUUUUUAUCCAGAAAGUAUAAAUGUGAAAUGGUACAAAGACAGGGAAGAAAUUACAUCACAGGUUACUGCAGCUGAAAAAGAUGUCAAAGGGCUGUUUUCUGUCGUAAGUUCUAUGCAAUGCACUGUUACAGAGGAAGACUUUGGGAAAACAUUCAGGUGUAAGGUGAUGCACGAGACGACCUCCAAGUCUGUUACAUGGAGACUAGAGAAACGAGCUCUUCCCAUAAUGGAUGCAAUCCAAGCCAACCAAGAAGCAUACAGCGCUGGAGAAACAUUGGAGCUGGAGUGCAAAAUUCACUCAUUUUAUCCACAUAAGAUACAAGUGACAUGGCAGAAAGGAGAAGAAAAGAUCCCAUCACAAACGCGCGAACCUGAAGAUGAGAGUGAACCCUAUUAUGUUCUCGGUCAUAUAAGUUACACUGUUAAAGAGGAAGAUUUCGGGAAAAUAUUUACCUGUCAAAUUAAACACCCGUACAAGAAUGAUAGUGUCCAGUGGAGACUGGAAAAGAAAACAGGAAAUUGAAGCAACAUUAAGUCCAUGUGGGAUCAGCACUGAAUCAUUUCUGGAAAUCAUCUUCUCUUUACAAUGAUGAGGAUAACUGAAGGGUGACUACUAAUACUGGCAGAAAAUGAUGAAAUUAUGGAGACCACUCUGCCGGCCAGUCCACUAGCCAAACGUAAUCUGAUGGUGACCGUUUUAAGGGGAAUCUGUCCCCAAUUUUAAACAGUAAUCUAUGCUUAGUACUACAGAUAAUGAGUCCAGAUCACUAUUUUUAUUUUAUACAAUAGUGAUCUGAACUCUAUAUCUGCAGUACUACUUAUAUAUGACUGUAGAUAAUGGUCCAAAAUUAGGAAGACCGAUUCCCUUUAAACUCAAUACAAAACCUGGUGUUGACUAGUCCACUACCCAGCAACAGUUCCCAAAUAAGACAGCUCGCGACCUUUUCAAUGUCUGCACAGGAAAGGAGCAAUCCCUAAAUGAUGCAUACAAAAUAAUCCCAGCAGACGAACUUGCUCUUCAGAAUGUAGUUUAUAAACUACAUUCUGAAAAGCAAGUUUGUCUGCUGGGAUUAUUUUGUAGUCCACUAUCCAGGCACAACCUUGUGCCAAGGUCUCCACCACCCAGACUUGGGGUCCAUUCACACGUCCGUAAGUGUUUUGCGGAUCCGCAAAAUUGCGGAACAGAUGCGGACCCAUUUUGCGAACGUGUGAAUGGACCGUGUGAAUGCUGACCAGUCCCCUAUCCAGAUAUGAGCAGUUGCUGACCAGUCCACUAUCAGACAUAGCUAGUUGCCAAUCAGUCAGCUAUCCAGAUACAAAGAUUUGCUGAAUAGUCCUUUCUCCAGACUCAACUAGUGGCUAACUGGUCCACUCUCCAGACUCAACUAGUGGCUGACCAGUUCACUAUACAUACACAACCAGUUGACCAGUCCAAUGUCCAGGCUCAAAACAAACACUUAGAUGAUUAUCCCCCAUGUACAAUGAUGGUGUUUAAAAUUAAGGGAAGGAGACCCCAUCUAAGGCCAUGUCUACACACCACUGGUGCCGCAUCACAACAUCAAGCCCAAUGAUUGUGAACAGGGACACAUUGCGACAUCUGACCUCCCACAAUCGCUAUUCCAUUUUUUGGGGUCACAGGUCAUAUGUUGCAUGUGACUUUUCCAUCAAAGACCACAAAACAAGUUGUAAGUGACUGCAACGUGCUUGCAACCUUUUUGCAAUUUGGAUGUAUUUUAUAGCCAAACAGUAGGUCUAAAAUAGCUGCGCGACAGCAGGUUGUGGACUAGUCUUACAAAUGUUUCUGGUCACGCAACUUUACAACAUGUUGCUCUAUUGUCCAAGCCUUAUUUUUGGAGCUAUAGUGAUAUGAUAUAUUUUACAACGUGCACAUUUCUAUCAGUAUGUACAGGGGGACUACAGGAUGUAUUUUGGGGGGCAAAAAACACAGGGAUAGAUUUACUAAUCUAAUAUCUAAAAUGUAGAGCGUGUAAACUUUAGAGAGAGAGUCUAAAGGUCCACCAGAUGUACCACAGUGGCUGAUGCUGGGUGACAGAUCUGGUGCAGCUUUACACCGUCCAGUCAGACUUUAUGCCACCCAUUAGUUGUCUUAUUCAAACGUCAGUGAUUUCCAUCAGUGAUUGUGAGCCAAAACCAGGAUUAGAGCCUCCACAGAGAUAAGGCAUAAGAGUAAGGGCUCUUUCACACUUGCGUUCUUGUCUU